AAAGACGCAGUACGCAAGCGCUGGAGCCUCCCCACUGAGGGCAGGCGUGUGCAGACUGCACGCAGGUGUGGGUCCUGGUCAGAGCCCAAAAGGCAGCCCGUGAGUUUCCGGUUCCGGCAGGAGCCAACGGCAGCCCAGGCCACAAAACUAGUGCUUUGGCGGAGCUUGCGGUGGAGGUGAAGGAGGAAGAAGAGUGGACCAGGCGGGGCGCGCGGGCGCGGGAUCGUCCCCAUGGGUCCACGGGGUGUUUCUUCAUUUCCGAAGUACCUAUGGCUGGGGACUGGCAAGACUGCCCAGCCCUGGGCCCUGGCUGGAAGCGACGUGAGGCCUUUCGAAAGUCAGGGGCCUCUUGUGGACGCUCAGACAUCUAUUAUCUGAGCCCCACAGGAGACAAGAUUCGAAGCAAAGUUGAGCUGACUCGAUACCUAGGCCCCGCAUGUGAUCUUACCCUCUUUGACUUCAGACAAGGCAUCUUGUGCUAUCCAGCUCCCAAGACCCAUCAUCCCGUGACUGUCCCUAGCAAGCAGAAAAAGAAGCCUUCUAAACCAUCCAAGGUCAAGAAACGUCAGGUUGGGCCUCAGAAGAGUGAGGUCAAGAAGGAGACUCCACAGGAUGAGAAUAAGGCUGGCACUGGCACAGCUCCAGCUUCAUUAUCUGCACCUGGGUGCUGUGAGAAUUGUGGAAACCACUUCUCAUGGGAUGGUGUCAAAAGGCAGAGGCUUAAGACAUUGUGCAAAGACUGCCGAGCACAGAGAAUUGCCUUCAACCGAGAACAGAGAAUGUUUAGGAGAGUUGGCUGUGGAGAGUGUACAGCUUGCCUGGUAAAAGAAGACUGUGGGACUUGCUCUAUCUGCCGCCUGCAGCUGCCCCAUGAUGUAGCCUCAGGACUCUUCUGCAAGUGUGAGCAGAGACGCUGCCUGCGGAUUGUGGAGAAGAGUCGAGGGUGUGGCACAUCAGCGACCUAGCGCCCACAUCACCUGCUGAGCUCAUCUAUUACUGUGUAGACGAGGACGAGCUACAGCCCUACACGAAUCACCGGCAGAACCGCAAGUGCGGGGCCUGUGCAGCCUGCCUACGGGAGCAGUGUCACCCCCACGUCAUCCUUGUCGAAAGAGGCCUCGUUCUCGACAGCUCCAUGUGAGCCCUUCCUCAAAGGCCCCUUUGGCUGUGCUUACAAUCCCACCAGGCCCUGCCCAGGCUUCAGCCAAGCAGCAAGUAGGUAGAGACUCUGUGCUGCCCCCACCUGACACAGACCUUGUGUUUUUACGAGAAGGUGCCAGCAGUCCUUUGCAGGUGCCUGGCCCUGCUGCAGCUUCCUCAGAAGCCCCAUUACAGGAGGCCUAGUGCUCUGCCCAGAGUUGGGCUGUGACCUUGCCUCAGGUGAAACAAGAGAAGGGGGAUGCUCCAGAGGAGUGGACAGCAGGCACAGCCUUUCUGACUUCAUCCACGUUGCAGCCUGGCUGCCCUAGCAAUGUUGAGGAGGCAGUAGACCCAGACCUUGUACCUGUGAAACAAGAGCCUGCUGGCCCUGAGGAGGAUAGAGAAGAAAACAGACAAGAUUUUGUCUCUGCAUCAGCCCCAGAGGAGGAGACAGGAGGGGUUGGCACACCAGUGAUCACAGAGAUUUUCAGCCUGGGUGGAACCCGCCUCCGGGAUGCAGCAGCCUGGUUGCCAAGGUGCCCCAUACAGUCCAAGGACUUUAAAAAACCUGAAGCUAAAAUGCAGUAGACUGGAAGCUUCUGCUGACUGUAGAACUGGAGGUGAUAUUUGCAGACCGGCUUUAUGAGAAACAACCUUGAUCUGCCAGGUACUGGGCCCUGGCCUGGUUGCAGAGCUUUUUUGUGAAUCAACCCUAGGAGAAAAACUGACAAGCACAAUCGAGGAACAGGCCUGCUCAGUCCUUUACAGCUUAGAGGAAGCAAACUGGAAAGAGAAAGUGUAGAAGGCUGAAAGAGCAUCCCCUCCUCCCAGGAUCUCAGUGCGAUGAAAAGCUGGAUGUAGGAGUAGGGGAAGGAUAUAAUUGAAGCCACUACAAACCACUCAAACAAGCCAUCUUCAUAACUGUUGGUUGGUGGCUUCUGGAUGACACCUGGCAGUGUGUUUGAACAUUUUCUCAGGGAAACAGCAGUUGAAAUGCUACAGAAUAAAGGAGGAAAAGGCAUUGCUGUUUGGUGCGCUCCUCCUGUGGAGCCACUUACUGAACCCUCACAGUAGUCCUUAGGAAGCCUAAGUGGUACUGUGCACUUUCGCAGGUUGGUAAACAGACACAGAAUAGAUGAACCCAGUGUUAGAUAGCUAGUAUUGGUAGAGUCUAGAAAUACACCAGGCUAUAAAAGCUUUGUUCUUUAAUCCACUAAACUGUUAACUGCAGUCUGUGCAAUAAUGUAUAUUACAAUAACAGUUUUAGUGACUUUGAAAAUAUCAGUGGAUCACUAUGAACACUGAAAGAUGUCCUUUACACUUUUGCCUCUUGUGGUUUAGGGAAUGCCCAGGCUAUAGGUGGAUGGGGUCACCUUCUCAUCAGGGCACUGGCUCAUCUACAAUCUAGGUUUCCUGAAGGCCCUAGAUGCUGCAUAAGAUCCCUCAACCCGGAAAGUGUGUUCUUCCCCACUGCUGCUGUCAAUUUGCUUGAGCCUAGAUGGUCUCACUUUGGCCAGAGCAGUACUUGGAGCUAAAGCUGUCAGCCUGGCCCAUCUUUUCCUGGCAGCAUCUUCUCUCUGAUGACCUUUGUGUUUGUUUCCUGCCCUUAGCUCAAAUGUUUGUUAGGAGGCUGAAUUAACUUAUGCACUGAGUCCUGCCCAUGGGCCAGUCUUGGCUAGCCUUACCUCACUUUCCAUACUUAAAUGCCAAAAAGAAAUAUAAUUGGUUACUUAGCCAGAUUUACCGGGCCAGGACUGAGUGCCUCGUCAUACUUUGUGUCCUGUGUGCCCUGCUUGCUGUAGCCUAGUCCCAGCCCUGUUGCUUUAGCUAAUUUCAGAUGUGGAUUUCUUAUUUCCAACUUACAAGGCACAGCUCUGUCGGCUUCUGCUCUUCCUUUGUCCUGAUUUGCCUAGUUCUGUCGAGGGGUCAUACUGCUUUUUAACCCCUAGAGUACACCACUUGUCCCUAGUAUUCUGGCAGUUCUGUUGGUGAAGUUCUAAGGGUAACAAUGUCUUUGGUUGGCAUUUGACCUGUGAACAAAGAUUGUGGUUACUAUGUGACUAGGGUACAAUCAAAAGGUCAAACCAGUACAACAAAGAAUAGUGUAUGUGUAUUAAGGGAGUUUUGAGAGACAUUUUGCAUUACAUAAUUUUGGGAGAUGGUUCAGUGGCCUCUAAGGCUGUCAUUUGUAUGUAAUGCUGGAACUUAAAGUAUUCAGGACAGGCAGUCAGGAAGGGAAGGUGGAUGGACACAUGGGAGCCCAUGAACAAGAGUUGGAAUUCAAGAAGAUGGCCUGGAACCAUGUCAGUGUCUCACCGUCUCCAGCUUCGAUGACAUUUGUGUCCUGCAGAAGAAGCUAGUGUCCUUCGUCAGAGAGAAGUAACAUCUGGCCUAGGACUAGAGAAGCUGAAGGAAGAGCCCAGGGAAGUUGUAGCAGCUGAAGGCCUGGCUGUAGGACUUGCUGUUUCCCCAUACCAAGGUGAGACAGCAGAUUAAUGGCUGCUUGUAUGAACUGCAACAUGCCUGGUAUCCCUGCACCAACUUCCCAACAGCCUGCUGUCGCUUCACUUCUGCUAACCACAAUGUUUCUGUGGAUUUUCUUAACUAGAAGUCUAUGGGGAAGGAUUCUGGGAAGCAUAGUCUAGACAAGGGAACAUGUUAGAAAGCCACCCUGCCAUGAUUCAGCUCCCAAAGGUCUCACCACUCACCCAAGGAUAACUGACAAAACUACAUUGCUGAAAAUGUAAAGCUGAAGACCAUGGAUUUCAUGAUGGUCCCAGCAAGCAAAGAGAUCCUGUCAAGCUCAUCCAUAACAGUCUUGCUGGUCUCAGCUGUUAUUUGUAUCACUCGUCCAGUUAUUGAAAACUUGGCCCAUAGUUAUCAUUGUACAAGAUCCAGAAAUGCAAUUUUAUAAACUGCAUCAAUAUUUAUCACAAGUGAUAAAAGAUCUCCAGUUUACUAUGGACCUUGAUGUUCAAAAUAUUGAAUCUAGUAUACUAUGGAGAAGCCAGCCCUUGUUUGAGUUUUUUGAGAUGCUAUAGAAAGUUGGAAACAACUUAAUCAUUUCUAUUUCUAAGCUGUUCUAUUUUAAAAUUAUUUUAAAACAAUUUUCUUGUGCUAUUUA